AAAGAAGAAGAGUCGGUGCUGAGUAAUUCAAUGCUACUCUUUUCUUUACCUCUCUGAGGAGAUUCACUUUUACUUCGCAGACAGAUUUGUUUAGCGGUUUUCAACUGGGGAAAUAACGAAAGAGUGGAUGCAAAGAAUGUGAAGCAAUAUCUGAUAAGAUGGCAUCUCUUAACCACUCCGCCUCAAGUCUGCCUUCCUGCACCUACAAGGAGGACUUCAAGCGCUUCCUCCUCCCCUCCGUCUACACCCUAGUCUUCAUUCUUGGUCUCCCGCUCAACUUCAUCAUCAUCCUGCGGAUAUGGGGCUCCCGACGCACUCUGACACGGACCAAAAUCUACAUGCUGAAUCUAGCGGUGGCAGACUUCCUGUACGUCUGUUCGCUUCCGCUUCUCAUAUACAACUACGCCAGCAAAGACUACUGGCCAUUCGGUGACUUCACCUGCCGCCUGGUUCGCUUCCAGUUCUACAGCAACCUGCACGGAAGCAUCUUCUUCCUCACGUGCAUCAGCUUCCAGCGCUACAUGGGCAUCUGCCAUCCGCUGACGGUGUGGCCCAAACAAGGUGGACGCAGGCUGGCGUGGUUGGUCUGCGCUGGCGUCUGGGUGGCUGUCGUGCUUCUUUGCGCUCCAACGUUCGAGUUCGCCGCCACCGGCAUCCAGCGCAACCGAACAGUGUGCUACGACCUCAGCGUUCCAGAGCGCUCCACAGCGUACUUCCCAUACGGCAUCACUUUGACCUGUCUGGGCUUCGUCGUGCCCUUUCUAGUGAUCGUGGUGCUGUACUGCAAAAUGGCUUGGGUUCUCUGGCAGGUCGGCGAAGCCAGAGAAGUAUCAGCCAUGGAGAAGAAGAAUAAAGCUGUGAAGAUGAUCAUCAUUGUGAUGCUGGUGUUCGCCAUCAGCUUCUUGCCGUUCCACGUGACAAAGACGCUCUACCUGCUGGUGAGGACCUUUCCCACGGCCCCCUGCGAACUGAGGAACCUGCUGUCUGUGGUCUACAAAUGCACCAGACCCUUCGCCAGCAUGAACAGCGUUCUGGACCCCAUUCUGUUCUACUUCACCCAGCCGCAGUACAGACGCAGCACCAGGAGUCUGCUGCUCAAGAUCACCUCGCUCCGAGACAAGACUAGCCAAAUCUGACUGGGGGACACCUGCUUUGGUCGAAAGUUUCUCAUGGUACAGUCAUAGACACUAAGGCACUACAGUUAUAGCCAUUGAUUUUUAGGCUAAAGUUUACAAAUUAGUGCCUUCACUAGGUCCCAUUAGUGAAAGUUUUGUACCUUUAUUUCUGAGAAUGUAGUAAAAAAAAAAAAAAAAAAAAGAUUUCUGAGAAACGCUGUUGAUAGUUUAAAUCACUGAAACAAACACUCCCCCAAUCAAAAGAAUCACACAUGUAUCUUGAUGGCUCCGCCCCCAAAUUCAUCAUCAUGCUGUGCAGCAUCAUCAGUGGACACGCCCCUUUCUGGUGAUUGGCUACAAGUGUGUUUUGCCACUUGAUCCCACUUUCCUCAGUGUUCCUCAGAAAUCAUUUACUGCACCUUUAAGAGUUUAUUUCGACAUCUAUUUGUGUCUAUAAAUUUUAAUUACAGUUCAAAUCUCUAAAGGAUAUUUUCUCAAAAUGAUUUUUUUUUUUCAUAUAUACUGAACCAUAAAUCUCCACUUCAACAGUAGAUAAAACUUUUGUUUUGGUUUGUUCCAGGGUUAUAAUAGUUAACUAAAACAAAAACUGAACCCAUAAACAUUUUCGUUAGUUAAAAUAAAAUAAAUGCUAACUGAAAUAAAUAUUUUAUGGCAGAUAGUUGUGGAGGCAACAUUUAUCAUUUUCAUUAACUUUAGCUUAAAGUACCAAAAUAACAAACUGAAUAAUACAAUUACAAAUUUUUACAAACAAUCAAUGAUGCUAAAAUAAAACUGGUUUAACUUUUUUUUUCCCUAAAAGCAUCAUAAACGUGUUUGACAGUUUGACAGAAAUAUACAAAAUGUAUUCAAUUUAGCACAUUUUUAAUUAGAUAAUGCCACAUAUGCAUAUUUAAAUAUACCAUGUAAUACAAAAUGUAAUGCCUUAAUGUACUGUGAUUAGUUAACUGGGGAAGUAUGGUUAUAUCUAUUAGUUAAACAAUUACCCUGUUAACCUGUAGUGUCUUAUGUUAAGAUAACUUAGUAGGCUGUGUGGUUGUUAAAACCAUAAAUAAAGUCAAUAUUUAAAUAGAAAACAUCCAAUGCAUUAAGUACCUGUACUGUGAAGGUUGUACAUAAUGGUUAAAGGAAGUGACUCUUAUUGAUUGAUUCAGUGUUACAAAAAUAUAAUUUAUGAUGACUAAAACUAUCACCCUACGGACACUUACAUUUGCUUUGAGACAACAGCCCACGGUAGAGCUGUGUGUCUGGUAUCUGAGCGUUUAACCCCUGCAUGGCAGCUGAGCGAGUGUCGUGAUCAGCUUAUCUAUCUGAUCUUUAUGAGGGCAAUAGAAGGGAAAUGUUGAUAUAAGAAUUACAGAACUGUGAAAGCAAAAAUAUCUUGCCAGUUUCCGAUUUUUUUGUUUAAAAUUGCAUUUAAAUUUAAUUUAAUUAAUUAAAAUAAUAAUAAUAAUUGUUAAAUUAUUGAUUCAUUAUUGAGAAUUAAUUUGCACUGGAUUUGCAGGAAUAAAAAAGUGUUUUUUCUAAACACGAAGCAAAACAAAUUAUAUAUAUAUAUAUAUAUAUAUAUAUAUAUAUAUAUAUAUAUAUAUAUAUAUAUAUAUAUAUAUAUAUAUAUAAAGAAAUCAAUACUUCUGUUUAGCAUGGAUCCAUUUAUUUGCUCAAAAGUGAUAUUAAAAACAUUUGUAAUUUUAUAAAGAUAUUUCAAAUACAUUCUGUUGUUUUGAAUGUUUCAUUCAUCAAAGAAUCCUGAAAAAAAAAGAUCAGUUUCCCAAAAAUAAAUAUCAUUUUUUGUAAUAUAUUCAAAUAGAAAACAGUUAUUUGAAAGUGUAAUCACAAUAUUAGUUUUUACUGUAUUUUGAACAAAUAAAUGCAGCCUUGGUGAGCAGAAGAGACUCCUUUUAAAAACAUCUUAGCAACCACAAAUGUUUGAACAGUACUUUGCAUGUGUGAUAUUUAGGAUAAAUAGGUCCAUUGAGACAGUGUGGAAUUAUGGAUGAGAGAUAGAGAUGAAUGAAAGCAUUUGGAGUUGAAUAAUUACACAUCUGUUUAACACUGCAUCUGCUGCACAUUAUCUGAAGGUCAUUAUCAGAUGUUUGAUGGUUUUAUAACACUUUGUACAGCUCAACAUCCUUAUGAUGUAACAUCAUGUCCUACAAGAGAAGGAUCUAGUGUUAACAAUAAUUGAUCCAGGGACGGACUUCACAUAGAAAGACAUAUUUGCACUGCAUGUGCAGUCAUUGUGUUUUUAUGAAGCAGUUUAAUCGUAGCUGUAGACCGCUGGUUAUUUGAAGCUUUAACAUGACCGAAAACUACAAAAAGAAAUGCCUGGAAGGCUGGGUUUACAGAGUGGUUAAACAAAUGAUUUAGCAUUAUUGUAAGAGUGAGUGGGCAUGUGUUUUAGUCAUUUGGCCAGUAUUAUGUUUAUGAAUUUUUAAAUAUUAAUGAAUUUUGCCCUAUAUCUGAAUGGUGAAGAAGAACAUUUAUUUUAGCACUUUUAUGUUCGGAGUAACUACUGCACUGUAAAUACUGUAUACUACAUCCUGUUUUUAUUAAUUCAGUUAUCCUUAAAUAAAAUAUUUUUAAAUGCUAUUUUGCAUUUUGAAAUCCAGUUUUGUGACUGUCUAAUUAAAAAAAAUAUUGGGUGUACAAAGUAUUUUGGCAGAUGUAGUAGAUUAAUCUAUGUAUUAUACAUACACAAUCUGGAUACCGUAUACAUACUAGAAAUAUUAAUAGUACUGUGCUAUUUUAAACAUACUGUACACUGUUAACUGCUGACUUGUAACGUGAACAUGCAGCGACUUCAACCUGUCUUGAAACGAAGUAUUUCUGUCUCAGACUCUAUUAACGGCCAGUAGAUGGCGUACUUUACCAACAAGUUUUAAAUCAGAUGUGAUUUUUCCACAUUAAACUGUCUAUUUGUUUCCUGUUUCAAACAAUAUAUGACAUGCAAUGAUGAAAACCACUCUGUCAGUGUUAUGUAAUAUACUAACAAAAUCAUUCCAUCUGUGUCUGUAUUGUAGUAUGUGCAUAAAAUAUAUUUUUUUCAAGUAAGCAUAGCUACUAAUUGUUAUUUUACUAGUUAUGAUUAUUUCUUUGUCAAUGAAUGUUUGCUUUUGUUUUAUCAAACUAUUUUGUGUGUGUGUGUGUAAAUCUACAGUCUCUAGAUGUAUAAGUAUCAUAUAAAAAUGAAGCUAUUCAAAUCUAUAUCCUAAAUGAGGUCUUUGUGAAUGUUUUUGGUUAUUGUGUAAUGGAAUGUGUUCUUAACCUGAUCUGUUGUUUGUCCAGUAAAGACAAAUCAAUAAACUUAAUUUCCUGCAA